UGUGUUUUAUGCACUAGUUGAAAUUGUUAUUCAUUUCUUUGAUAAUGACCUGUCUGUACUUAUACAUUUGUCUGUGAUUUAAGUUUAAUGAAAGGAAGUCAAUACUGUGACUAGCACUUGUUAUGCAUGCAAAACUUUUAAAACUUCUAAAUUAAACAAUAUUAUCAUUUUGGUGAAAAGAGAUAAACUCACGCUUUACAGUGACUAUGGACUUCAAUGGAUCAAUGCUGGUUAAGAAAAUCAUCACCCACCAGAAAUACCCUUCUAAGUUUAGGAAAUGGGCUAAGACAAAAUUGUAUGAUUGGGAUCAGGAUUGGCAGGUAUAAACCAUUGGGAUUACAGGAUUGAAAGAAAAUUUUAGUCAGGAUAAUGGGAUUGAAGAACCCUAUUGGGAACCCUCCUUGAUCAAUGGAAUUAUACUAGAUUUUGAUGCUCGCUGGAUAUGAACAAUCCGACAUGAAUAGAUUUCUCUAAAAUGCCCUGUAUUUAUUUUCACUGAACAAAGACCGGCUUGAUAUAUUACAACUUUAAUGCCAAUCAACUUUAAAAUAGCCCUCAAGCAGACUUUGCAGUGAAAUAAGCUAUUACUAGGUCCAUGUAUGACCUAUUGAGUCCAAGUAUAAAUAAACACAAUAUAAGAAAUAUGUAAACAAACAAGAUAGAAAAUCGCAUGCGGAGAAUUUCCAUUUGAGGUAGAUAGAUGGUGCUAUGGCUUGUGCUAUGACGCCAAAAAAAGUUGUGAACGGAAUAUGCAAAAGUUGCAGCAUUUGCAAAUUUUCAUUGUUAAAUAUGGAAGUGGAAGAUCUGGCUUUGUAUCUCUGGAAAAUUUAUGUGUCAUGUCAAUUUGUAAUGGGAGCCAUGGAUGAUCUUUGUGUUAUAAGGAUAUAGAACACAGGAUCAAUCUUAUCUCAGUCCAACCUAAGAAAUUUUCUCUCUUGAUCUUCAAUGAUAUUGGGUAGCAGGCAAAUUACUAAUAUCAAGGUAUUUUAGUGAUUGUGCUCACAGAUACCUUUGUAGUUACUGCAGUUUCACUAGUUGAAAUCUGAAAUGUUUACCAUGUGCAGUUUGCAUAACUGCAAAGAACAUUCCAUUAAUUUAAAAGGCACUUCACUAGUUUAUCUGAUUGGUGUAUAAGAUCACCUACCGAUUUUGCUUCUAUUUAUAGUGAUCAAAAAGCUUCCACCACCUAAUCAACAUUUGGAUGUAGGGAAUUCAUGUUUGAACUUUAAGCCUAAAAUGUUAAACAUUCCAGUAGGCUGUGUGCAGAGGCUCGACUGAUGUCAUCUGUUGAAAGUGGACAGAGGGCUCACUUUUGACUAUAAAUUUGUGAUUAAAUUCCAUGGAGCAUGUCUGUGUUCUUGUAUACAUCCUGGCAGCACUCCAGCAAUGAAGGAGAUUAUAAGAGCUUGUUCCUUUUGUAGUGGGGAGAACUCUCAACUCAUGCUAUUUUUUCAUUUAGUUUUUCCAAUUUUGUUGCUGGGUUUUGGUUGUGAGUUAAAAGGUCAGCUUAUGUAUAGAAAACCCAAGAGGCUUUUAAUUAGCCUUCUCAUUUUAAGAAGUGGAAUGGUAUUAUGGUAUUGCCUCUGAUAGUGAGACCUGUGAUACCCAUUGUUUCCAUAAACACAGCCCCAGUGGAUAUGAUAGGCAAUCAUGAUUUCCAGUGACAUACAGAUCAAUUUAUAUUUGAUUUGAAGACGGUAACAAGUAAGUUAUUUACAAGACAUUGAUAGUUUUGAUAUCAUGUAUAAACUUUAUCAAGGUAUUCAGUGGUCUUGAGGUUGAGUAGAAAAUAAAAGCACUAAGGUUGAUGGAAUUGCAGACGUGCAACUGUAAGAGAAAACCACAUCUGACCUCUAUGCUGAGCAACCUGGCUAUUGCAAAUAAUCAACCUCUAAGCCUCAUUUGCACCAAAUUUUUCUCAAAUCUUUGCCACCCUAUUGUUGUUUCAUAGGGUAUUCUUUUGAUCUUAAUGCUAAAAUUCAUCAGUCUGCAUCUUGGAAGGGAACCUAGGGUUGAGAAUUGGACAUACUGAUUUUUAUCAAGCAUGGGACUUAUCAAAUUUCGUUGUAAUCAUUGUGUUUCCUUAAUGUGAUCCUUUGAUUGUGUUUAAGUAACCCCAGUUAGGUGCACUGUAGAGGCUGUCAGUAUGCAACCAUAGUGCGUCCUUAUUGAGCACUACUUGUAUCCAAGAGGAUAACUGCUGCCUCCUGAGAAUGGGUGCAACUGUGUUUGUACAGCCCCUAGAUUUGGUCAAAAACAGGAUGCAGAUGAGUGGGGUUGGUGGUGCUGCAAAAGCACACAAAAGUAGUCUACAUGCAAUUGCCUCCAUUCUGAGACAAGAAGGAGUUUUUGGUGUCUAUAAUGGAUUAUCUGCUGGUCUGUUAAGGCAAGCAACUUACACAACAACACGACUGGGUGUGUUUACUUCGCUCAUGGAAAAAUUUAAGAGCCCUGAUGGAACUCCACCUUCUUUUCUCAUGAAAUGUGCUCUAGGAAUGACAGCUGGAGCUGUAGGCUCAUUUAUUGGUACACCGGCAGAGAUAUCCCUCAUAAGAAUGACUUCAGAUGGAAGGCUUCCUGUAGAACAACAGCGCAAAUAUACAAGUGUGUUCAAUGCCUUGUACAGAAUAACUAAGGAGGAAGGAAUUCUGACUCUUUGGAGGGGAUGUGGGCCAACUGUUUUUCGAGCUGUUGUAGUGAAUGCAGCGCAGCUGGCGACAUACUCUCAAGCAAAACAAGGCUUGCUCUCCACAGCUUAUUUUAAAGAUGAUUUGCUGUGCCACUUUGCAGCCAGCAUGAUAAGUGGUUUGGCGACUACUUUAGCUUCUAUGCCUGUUGAUAUCGCCAAAACUAGGAUUCAAAAUAUGAAGAUUAUCGAUGGAAAGCCUGAAUAUCGUGGAGCCCUGGACGUUUUUGUGAGAGUGAUCCGUCAGGAAGGGAUUUUCGCGUUGUGGAAAGGAUUCACACCAUACUAUUUUCGUCUUGGUCCGCACACUGUUCUAACGUUUAUCUUCCUCGAACAAUUUCAAAAGCUGGCGAAAAACUUCUAUGGUGUGUCUAGUGGUGGCGGUCUUUGAGGAUAGGUCAGCUUGGCUGUGAUGAAUGAUUCUUGUACAGUUACAAAUUCAUCUUCUGAAUGACAUGGAGGGAUCAUUUGACAGAGGAAGAAUUUAUUAAUAAGUUCAAUAAUGUUUAGGCGAUGGUCAUUGCAAAUAGCUAUGCAGAAAUAAUUAAUUUCAAUGACGAAUAAGACUCCAUAGACCUACUGAGACGGCGAUGGUCUCCGUCUUGGACAGUGAGCUCACCAUGUCUUAUUCUGAAGAUACAUGGAUUAACGAAUGAGACCUGAAAACUCUGCAAAUACGUAAUGACUGUAUGAAACUCCUCUAUAGGUAACUUAUUGGUAAAUUUUUGUGAUGUUGGUAUUAAAUUUGUUAUGUUUUAUA